UAACAAAAAGCAAUAAUAUUGUUAUUUAAUAUUUUUUAAUUUUUUGAUACUUUAAUAACUAAUAAGUAAAACGAUUUUAAACUCAAUAUUUUUAAAAUCUCGCUGUUCGAUAAUCUUGCUAUUGAUUUUGAUGAAAACAAAUUGGUAAUAGAUUUAGUACCUACUACCUAUUCCGCAGAACGAUGAGAAAAUACCAACAAUUGCUGUUGGUGCUCGUAUCUUUUUUCAGUGUCUUUUCGCUGUUGUUGUACAGGUAUGAAUACAUGCAACUUUUAAACGUCUUGGAAGUACUCAACUUUUUUGGUUACACAGCUGAUAACAUGACAAAUUGUGUUUUACUGGAGGAUAAGUUCUAUGUGGAUCUAGAAAAUGACAAUUUAUUAGCAAAAGCACCCGUCUCCUGGAUUAAACGCGAUCAGUACUAUGCAUAUUCUGCCUUUUGGUCUGCUCAACAACAGUCUGUUCAUUUGCUGGUUCUAGGCCCUAGAUCAGCAUUCUCUGGUUAUGAAUGUCGUGUUUGGUUUAAAAUGGCAGAUCAGUUUGUUUCUAAAACUGCAAAACUUUCCUAUAACAUUAAAACUAACAACCGUGAUCCAAAUUUUCAUCAAUAUGAGAUUCAUUGCAAGCCUGACAAAGUUCCUGUUGACACUGAACCAUAUGGAGUUUUGCUGGGACGGGAAGAUUCGUUAAAACUAUUCAUACCGAUCACAAUUCAAAAAGAAUUUCCUGUCAAAGAAGAUCUGAUUGUAUGUAUUGCACCUGAUUAUUCUGGCAUUCCUGAUACAUAUCUUGUGGAAUUCAUCGCAUAUCAUACAUUGUUAGGUGUUCGUCAUUUUGUAGCAUAUGAUAUUGGUAUACAUUAUAAAGUUAUUGAAUUUUUACAUUCACUUGCUGGUCACAGAGAUUUAUAUAAAACUUUUUCUACACUCUCUUGGCAGUUUCCUUCGACUGAUCUUCAAUUAGAAAAGUCUAUUAUACAAAAAGAUUGUGUGCAAAGAACACAGGGUCUUGCUAAACAUAGCAUUUUAUUAUCAUGGGAUCAGUACUUGAUUUUGAACAAGAAUGAAAAUUUGAAUUCUUUUAAGAAUGACAUUGAAUAUACAUUUGAAGUAAAGAAAUGUUGUAAUAAUCGGCAGUUAAAAAGAUCCUGGCCAAUGGCUAUGAAGAAAACAAUAUGUGAAAGAACCAAUGAAACAGUAAAUACUAUCGCUAAUGAUCAAACAAUGAAUUAUCAAUCGCCAACAAAAAUGGGAUCAAUACAUAGAUUGGAAGAAUUAUGUGAAAAAAUCUAUGGAAAAGAUGACAAAAGUAUGGCCAAGUAUUUAAUUAAUUUUGUUAAUAGUAAACUACUGAGCUUAUGGAAAUCUCAAUUAAAAUUGUCCAUUACUCAUGCAACAAAUAAUAAUGUGAUAAAUCUGCAUAAAAAUUAUUCUUGAAUUUAUUUUGACUGUAACAUUUAAAAAGAA